GUUUAGAAUGGUGGAACGAAACGCGCACUCCAACUUGCUUGGCUUGAUAGAGGUGGCAGGUCUCAUUGCUCUGCCCAUCGCAAGCCUCUUUAUCACGGUUCUCCUUCUCCGAGUCGUUUUUAAGCCCAAGGAUGACUUGGCCUCUCGAAAGUCGCCAAAUUACGGCACGAUUCACUCUCCCUUCUACCCGGCGGAGGAUGACAGCAUUUACGCUGGGCAAGUCGAUGGCAACUACGUUGCGCCGUGGACCUCAACCUUUGACUUGGCGUUCCUUUUGAGCAUGUUGCUAUCGUUAGUGGCGCUGGUGGCCUGCACGAGCUUGCUUCAACCAGAGCUGUGGGUCAAUUUGCAUUUCUGGGUUGGUCUGGCCAUUCAAGCUGCAAGCAUGUUGCUUGUGUCCACACUUGGUGGUCUCGUCUGUCGCGCCUUUGGCAUCGUCAACGACAAGGGAUAUCUCUUGACAACCAUCAGUGCCACAUUUAAGGUCAACUACACUCGAAAAUGCCAGCAUUUCGCUGCAUACAUCCUGCCACUGCUCAACCCGUGGUCGUUCGUUGACGACGACAACGACAUUGCCGCGCAGCAGCUUCCGUUGUUGUGGUCGUACUUUUCCAUCUUGCUGAGCUUUCUGCUGCUUGUCAAGCCCCUCCGCGAACGCUUCGUGUGGUGUAUGAUCCAGUUCAACGGCCUCGAUCGCCCCGACGACCGCCCCCACACGCUCAAGUGGCUCGUGGCCGGCAACCUCGUGCCGGGCUUCGUCGUCGUCGUUGUGCUCAACGCCCUCUUUGGCCGCCGCGACAUCCUGCUGCUUGUCGUGGCCAUCGCCAUCAUUGGGGACGGCUUGGCUGAACCCGUUGGCUUGAACUGGGGCCGACACAAAUUCACAGUGUGUUGGUGUUCGGCUAGGCGGCGUUGCCGGUCUUGGGAAGGCUGUGCGACGGUGUACCUGUCCACGAUGGUCCUCGUAGCGUGGGGGUACGUUUUCUGGCUUAUGGUUGGUCUUAUCGUUUGCAUACAUGCAUGGCUAGUCGAGGGUCGUUUCACUCUAUACAUCAAGUGCUGGCGGCGAUGCUGGUCAUGCCGCCCGUGCUCAUGUUGGCCGAAGCAGUGGUGCCACACACAUUUGACACGCCCGUCCUGGUCUUAGUUACCGGGGGGGUGUUGGUUGGCAUCCUUCAAGUGGUGGACUAAAAAUAUAUCACCAAGACUAAUACAGUACUACAUCGUCGU